AUGGCGGCGUCAUCAUCUUCCUUCCGACUGUUUGCAUUGAUCUUGACCUGGCUUUCUCUGGCCAAUCUGGUGGUAAGUCUAUCAUGCUUCAAUCAGAGUACUGCGAUCAAUGGAAAGCCGUUCCCGCCGUUGAUAGAGGCAACAACGGAGGACCUCGCUGUUGGCUUGGAGUCAGGUCUGUUCACGAGUGUGGACCUCGUAAAGGCAUAUACCGCCCGUAUCAUGGAGGUCAACUCGACGUUGCACAUGGUGACUGAGCUUAACCCGGAUGCUCUGUCUAUUGCCGCCCAGCUUGAUGCGCAGCGUGCCAAUGGCACUGUCAUGGGACCUCUGCAUGGUAUUCCCAUUCUGAUCAAGAACAACAUUGCGACGGCCGACAAAAUGGACAACACGGCCGGCUCCUAUGCCCUCGCAGGAGCGAAGGUGCCUAGAGACAGUACCAUGGCCGCUAAACUUCGACAAGCCGGGGCGGUGAUUCUUGGUAAGACUAAUCUGUCCCAAUGGGCCAAUUACCGAAGCGAUAACACGAGCAAUGGUUGGUCCGCCAUCGGAGGACAGACCCAGGGUGCCUAUUACCCGGGUCAAGACCCUUCAGGGUCGUCUUCUGGUAGCGGUGUGUCGAGCGCUUUGGGUCUCGCGCUUGCAGCUCUGGGUACAGAAACGGAUGGUUCCAUCUUGUCGCCCUCCGACGUCAAUAACCUUGUGGGUAUCAAACCAACCGUCGGGCUGACUGCAAGAGAUCUGGUCAUCCCUAUUUCUGAGCAUCAAGAUACAGUUGGGCCGAUGGCACGGACUGUGAAAGAUGCAGCAUAUCUUCUUUCGGCCAUCGCUGGAAAGUCGCCGUACGACAAUUACACGGACGCCAUCCCUUUCGACACGAUACCAGAUUAUGUGGCCGCUUGCAAUUUCUCUGCUCUGCGGGGCAAGCGCAUUGGUGUUCCUCGAAAUCUGAUCGACCUGUCAUACGAUCGAGCGGCACCUAUUGUUCCGGUGUUCAAUGCAGCUCUUGACAUCUUGCGAGCUGCUGGCGCCAUAAUUGUGGAUAACACCAAUUUCACCGGCUAUGAAGCUCUGAAUGAGGGCAAUUACAGCAAUAUUGUCCUUGAAGCGGAUUUCAUUAGUGACCUGCCCAAGGAGUAUCUGUCUCAACUAUCCUACAACCCGAACAAUGUCCACUCUCUGGCCGAUGUACGCAACUUCACUCAUGCUUUCCCCCUCGAAGACUGGCCUGAGAGAGACACUUUGGUCUGGGAUGGUGCUUUGGAGCUGGGUUUCGGCAAUACUUCACCGGAAUUCUGGUCGAAUUAUACCAUGAACACCUACCUCGCAGGUCCACUGGGUGUUACAGGGGCCCUUCGCAAUUAUUCUCUGGAUGCCCUGGUGUUGCCCACAGAGUUUUCGCCGAAUUUUCCGGCCCUGAUCGGUUCCCCCGUGGUCACCGUGCCCUUAGGCGCAUACCCACCGAACACGACUGUCCUCGUCAACGGGUUUGGCACUCUCAAUGCUACGGCACCGAAUAUUCCCUUCGGUAUCAGCUUCAUGGGGCCUCAUUUUAGUGAAGAGCUGUUGAUUGGGUUGGCAUAUGCUUUCGAACAGAGGACUAUGGUCCGAAAUAGCAUAAUUCCAUAUAUACAGCCUACGACUGAGUUAGUUGAUGUGGUGAACGAGCGACGGAGAUCUAAAAAGGUAUAG